GGUUGUCAUAUGUUUUUGUCCGGACGUUUCAUUCGGCUGCACACCAUGCCCUUGACUUCCUAAGAGAGGUGAUAGCCGAUAAGUGAACGCAGGCAGGACACUUAUUUAUCUGAAUUUAAGGGGAAAUUUCUCACCAUGCCUGACGAGGCAAAGGAUCUCCCUCCUCCGGGAAUCGUCAACAGGAACUCUGUGUGGCUGGGCGCUAUGGGCUGGGCCACCGCGGUGCUUCAUAACGCCAUCAACCACAGGCCGCCGCUGAAAUCAGGUGUUCACCGACAAGUCCUAUUUUCAACAAUUGGUUGGUUCCUUGGCUACCACCUGACGAAACAUGAAAAUUACACGUACGCCAGACUUGAUCGAGAUAUGAACGAGUACGUCAGAAGACACCCAGAGGAAUUUGCACAAAAGAAAAAGAAAACCUUUGCAGAGAUUGUCGAGCCUUUCUAUCCUGUGCGCUAAGUGUCUAUGGCUGAUGAGAUGGAAGAGGGAGAGAGAGAGACAAAACACUUAGACUGCCAUCUGUCUUGAGUAGUCUUUUUGUGAAAUCGUUCUGUCACAUAUUGUGUGAAAUAUAGAUAUGUAAAUAAAAAAUACCAAAAUUCAA